AUGGGACCAUUGUUCUUCUCCGACAGCGAGGGCGAAACGCCCGACGUCCCCUCGCCGCCGCGGCGCAGCAAAAGACUCCGCCGAGACCAUGAGUCGCCCAAGUCCCCACCCUUAAACCCGACGUCAAGUUCCCAACGUGCAGCGGAUCUUGACACCGAUCUUUCUCCUCCCACCAAACCACCCGCCAACACGAGGGAACAACCAGCCGAAGACAUGGCUCCGAUCAUCCCCGCCCACAUCAAAGCCUACAUCAAAGAGCUCGAGAACUACCGAGCCAUGGACAUCGACAAGCACGGGCUGCCGAAAGAGGCGCGUGUCAAACAAGUUCAAGACCUGGAGAAGAAGUGCGCUUCUCUCCAAGACGCCGUCCAACAAGGCAACACGGACCGCAGCAACCUCAUCCAGCAAUUCACCAGCCAGAUCACUACGCUCGAGGCGGCCGUUAUGGCCAAAGACCAGGAACUCAGUUCAUUCAAGGAAUACGUCCAGCAGUACCGCAGCACCUUGUUGAACGUGCUCCCUCCCCUGGUUGAGGCCGACGAGGAGAAGGAUGCCAAGAUCGCGCGGUUGGAGGGUGUCGAGGCAAAGAACGGAGAGCUCGAGGCCGAGCUCGGACUGUAUAAGGAGCGCAACGUGCAGUUGAUUGAUGAGAAUCAUCGCCUGCAGAGAUUCAAGGAGGCUGUUACGGUGGCUGUGGACAAGGCGAAUCAGCGUGCUUGA